AUGCCUCUGGAAAAGAACUUCUGGUGCGACCCUGACGCCUUGAACACGACCACGUGGACGUACACGACCAAAGCGAACGAGACGAUCUACGACGUGGCGGCGGCGGUGAAGCGCGGGGUGUGCGACAUUGCGCGCGAGAACUGCAUGGCGGACGCCCUGAUGCCGCUGACGACGGGCGAGACGCUGCUGAUCCCCGGGGAGGCAUGCGAGGCGGACGAGACGACGUGUCUGAUCGUGGCGGACGCGGACGACAACUACAGCGACUGCGUGAUCGGCGGGCCGCACACGUACACGACCGUCAAGGGCGACACGCUGGCGUACAUUGCGCUCAAGUUCAACCUCACGGUGGCCUCGCUGCAGGCCACGGCGGAGCCGCAGGGACUAGGAUACGACCCCAACGCGACGAUCGUGCCGGGCAACGACAUCAAAGUGCCGCUGUGCAGCCCGAGCAAGUGCGAGAUCAGUCCCUGGGCAGUCACGUACGGCACGUACAAGGACUGGGCGCCCAAGCUGGGCACGACUGUUGGCCAGUUGAUGGCCCUCAACCCGACCUUUAACCAUUCCGAGGGAGGCGGUGCGGUCAUUGAAUGGGCGUAUAACUGUGUCACUUUGGCGGAGAACACGACCGUUAUUUCAUAG